AUGGCCAAAUUCGUCCCGCGACAGCGGAAGCACAAGGUGCUCGCGCGCCAAAAAGCCAACGAAAAUGCUCGCCACGAAGUCCAAGACACCAAUCAGGAGCUGCUCCCGGCCGAGAGGAAGGCACUCGAGGACAAGGAGAAGAGGGAACGCAUGAAAGACGAGCUGCGCCAGGAUGGCGUCAAAGUCAGCGGCAAAAAGGCCAAGCGUCUCGAAAAGUACAUCGACAACAAGCUGCGCAAGGAUGAGAACCGCGAUUUGCUGGCGAAGCUAGCUGCACGAAAAGUCGACACAAGCCUCUUCUCGAGCAGCAGGUCCCUAGGGCAAGGCCGCGAGACGAAGAAGCAGCUGAUCUCACGUGCAUUGCGAGAGAAGCGCGCCGGCAUUGAAGGCGAAGAGGUCGACGACGUACUCUUUGAGCAGCGGGAGGUAGACGAACCGGACAGCGACGAAUCCGACGCCGACUUGGGCGGCGCCAAACUCGACGAGACGACACCGAUCGAACGAGAUUCAGAGCGUGCUGCUGCCUCUAUGACGCCGCAAGCCGCCCCCGUUGCUAUCGGCUCGGGCCUCAAGCGGCCGCUCGACGUCGACGACGAGGGUAGACCGGUCAUCAAGAAGAGACAGAAAAGAGGCGGUGUCAAAUCCAAAAUACACGCCCUUCCCCCGCAGCCUUUCAUUUAUGGCGAAGACGGCGAAGACGAUUCCGAAGGCGAUUCAGAAGGCGAUUCCGAGGACGAAGAAUGGCAAGGGUUCAGCGACGCCGAGGCAAAGACCAAAGAGGCUGAUGGAACUGCGUCAGAGGCGACCGACGACAGUGACGACUCCGACGCCGAGUCCAGCGAUGAAAGCUCCAACGAGUCCGCGGAUGGCAAUGAAGAUGGAGCUCCGAGGCAAUCAGCCUUCAAGAGCUGGGCUCUGCGACAACGCAACGAAGCCCUCGGCUUUCAGCCUGCCAGUGCCACGACGACGGCCCUACAAAUACCAAAGCCCGAUAAUUUUGUGCCACGCGCACCCGAGCAGGAUCCUCUUCCGAUGGAGCUGAAACCUGGGACAAGGACCGACCGGAAAGUAUACAGCGUCACAGUCACGAGAACUCCGACGAUUCAUGAGGCCCGACUGCAGCUUCCUGUUGUCUCCGAAGAACAGCGACUGAUGGAGGCCAUCCAUAACAACGACAUCGUGGUCAUUUGCGGUGCGACGGGUUCCGGUAAGACGACGCAAGUACCUCAGUUCUUGUAUGAAGCGGGCUACGGAACCCCGGAUUCGCCUACCCCUGGUCUGAUUGGCAUCACUCAGCCGCGCCGAGUUGCUGCGGUCAGUAUGGCUAAGCGAGUUUCUGAGGAACUGGGCGAUCAUUCCAAGUCGGUGGCGUACCAGAUCCGAUUCGAAGGCACCGUCGAUGCCAACACGGCCAUCAAGUUCAUGACCGAUGGUGUAUUGCUGCGGGAAGUUGCACAGGACAUCACUCUACGCAAAUACUCCGCCAUCAUCAUUGAUGAGGCCCACGAGAGGAGCGUCAAUACCGACAUUCUCAUCGGCAUGCUCAGCCGUGUCAUCAAGCUGCGUGCGGAGCUGGCGCAGGAGGACCCAACAUUCAAACCAUUGAAACUCAUCAUCAUGUCAGCCACGCUCAGAAUAGAGGAUCUGACGAUGAACACGAAGUUGUUCGCGACGCCGCCUCCGGUACUCGAAGUGGAGGGUCGGCAGCACCCUGUCACCAUUCACUUCGCCAGGAAAACACAUCACGAUUACGUCGAAGAAGCAUUCCGAAAGAUCAGCAGAGGCCACCGAAAGCUGCCUCCGGGCGGAUUCUUGGUCUUUCUCACUGGCCGCAACGAGAUCAUCCAGCUGAGCAAGCGGCUCAAGGCAGCGUUUGGCGGUCUUCAUUCGGCCGAAGGUCCCAAAGUACAAAUAUCUGCAGCCGACGCCCCGGUAGAGGUCGAGGAUAUCGAAUUUGGUGAUGUUGACGAUUAUGACAGCGAUGAGAGAGACGGACUGUCAUCUGACGAGGAAGAUGAGGAAGAGUUCCAGAUCGAGGAGGACCAACAGGAGGCGCCGCUAAAGAUGCAAAUCCUACCACUAUACUCACUUCUACCUACGAGAGAGCAGAUGAGAGUCUUCGAGACCCCACCUGAUGGAACGCGACAAAUCAUUUUAGCGACCAACGUUGCCGAGACAAGUUUGACAAUACCUGGCACGAGAUUCGUCUUCGACUGCGGCAGAUCCAAGGAGCGGCACUACGACCGCUUGAGCGGUGUUCAGAGCUACGACAUUGGAUGGAUCAGCAAAGCCAGCGCAAACCAGCGAUCCGGCCGCGCGGGUCGAACGGGCCCAGGCCACUGCUACAGGCUGUACUCGUCGGCUGUGUAUGAGAGAGACUUUGCUGCCUUUGCGGAUCCCGAGGUGCUGCGUAUGCCCAUCGAGGGUGUGAUGCUACAGCUCAAGGCAAUGAACCUCCAGAACGUGGUCAACUUUCCGUUCCCGACGCCUCCAAACAGGCAGAGCCUGGCCAAGUCUGAGAAGCUUCUGAGAUAUCUAUCAGCUCUCUCGCCGAGUGGGCACGUUACGGAAAUUGGCAAGACCAUGUCCCUCUUCCCCCUCUCUCCGCGCUUUGCGCGCAUCCUGUUGGUCGGCCACUUGCACGACUGCCUCCAAUACACGGUUGCGAUGGUUGCCGGAUUAUCUGUGCCCGAAAUCUUCCUCCCGGAGAACCAGGCCAUCCCGGCCUUGGCCACCAAGGACGAUGCGGAGAUUAGGACGAAUGCCGAUGUCAUUGCGGAGAGUCGCCAGGCGGAGGCCCGCAAGAAGUUCAACGAGGUUCACAAGACAUUCUGCUUCUUGGACGACAGGUCAGACGCAAUCAAGCUCCUUCAGGUGGUCGGCGAGUUCGCCCAUGACCCCACAGAGAAGUGGUGCGAAAGCCACUUUGUGCGGUUCAAGGUCCUCAAGGAAACACAGCAGCUGCGCAAGCAAAUUACCGAGCUCCUCCGGACGAAUAUUCCGGCCUUUGCAAACCUGAAAUACCAGGAUAAGCUGGACGCCCCCACGCCGAAGCAGGUCAGCGCUCUGAAACAAAUCGUCGCCCGUGGAUUCGUUGAUCAGGUCGCACUGCGCGCGGACAUGGCGCCAAACCCUCCGGAGCACUACCGCAAACCCCGAAGGGCAAUCGACGUGCCGUACAUCCCGCUCGUUCCGUUGAGCUCAGGGCCUAGCUCGGAGAAUGAUGGCCUGGUGUACAUCCACCCAACAUCGCCGCUUGCUCAUCUAAGUCCGCAGGAGUGCCCCGAGUACAUUGUCUACUCGCAGUUGCAGCGCGCGACACCGUCAGGCCUCGACCCGGAAAAGAAGCCGAAAACCAGGAUGCUCGCGCUGACGGACGUGACGGGCAGUCACUUGUCCGGCCUUGCCAAGGGUACGCCGCUUAUUAGCUACGGCAAGCCCAUCAAGGAGGUCAAGACGACGACGCCGGGAUCCGCGUCCGGUGAGAUGACGAGGGAAUGCUGGGUGGUUCCGUAUCUACGGGCCGAAGGGACCGGCGGCCAGGGUUGGCCGUUGCCGGCGAAGAAGGUCACGCAGAAAAAGGUUCCGGGCAAGGGCUGGGUCGUCGAAUAG